AUGCAACUCUCCGUCAGUCCGCUUUCCUCCGCCCGCGGCGAGGCCGAGGUCGAGGCCAAGGCCAAGAAGCAGCGCAGGAAGAUUCAAAAUCGGCUUAAUCAAAGAGCACACCGACUGCGGAGUAAGGAGCAGGAUCCGGGGUUUAUUCAGAAAUCGCGCCCGUUCCAAGUCACUCGCUGGCGUGUCGACGAACCCGAUGAUUGCCCCUCCCCGGGCACAUCAUCAACCUCGAAAGGCGUAACCGCCACGUGCAUCAUCUCCCCUCGACCACCUCCUCACACUGACAUCAGUAAAUCAGUGUUCAUGCCCAGGAACACUACACCACCGUCCCUCAUCUUUCCCCUCUCAACAGAUCACCUCCUUCAUCUCGUCCAGUACAAUGUAUUCCGCGCCUUCGUCUCCAACAAGCGCACUCUCAAUACCCUUCUUACGGGCUGGGACGACAGCCCUCCCUCCCGAGCCAUCUGUCCCAUUGGCGCUCCUUUUUACCGUGACGACACAGUCUUCUACCCCCUGAACCCCAAUAUCCCUCUCGCCCUCGUCCCGACACACCUCCAGCAAACCGGCCUACACUCCUCCUGGAUCAACCUCAUUCCCUUCCCUCGAGUUCGUGACAACCUUAUAAGGCACGAAGGCAGUUUCGAUCACUGGGAGCUGCUGCAGGACCUCGUUGGUGAGAUUAUGAAUGCCACGCAGGCUCGACAGCGACCAAGCCCCGCCAUCACCGUCUCCGACCCUCAGACCACGUGGACACCGUCCCUCACAGCAGGACGUGACGAGGAUGAAGUCACCGCGGGGCGUAAGGGACUUAUAGUUUGGGGUGAGCCGUACGACGUUGGGAGCUGGGAGAUCACACCCGGCUUUCUUACGAAGUGGUCAUGGGCUGUGGAGGGAUGCGACGAUUUAGUUGAAUCUAGUAACCGUUGGAGGCUGAUAAGAGGAGAGGAGCCUAUGCGUCUUUCUGAAUCGAAAGGAUAG